CCCUUGCUAGCUCGCGCUUUCCUCGCGGAUCGAAGAGACUCCGGCUACAGCUUGUGGCUGGGAAGGGAGACGGAGGCCGCAGCUCAGGGAAAGUGAAGCUGCAGUAGUGGCAGUAGGAAGAUGUCGGGCGAAGACGAGCAGCAGGAGCAAACUAUCGCCGAGGACCUGGUCGUGACCAAGUAUAAGAUGGGGGGCGACAUCGCCAACCGGGUGCUUCGAUCUUUGGUGGAAGCUUCUAGCUCAGGUGUGUCUGUACUGAGCUUGUGUGAGAAAGGUGACGCCAUGAUUAUGGAAGAGACAGGGAAGAUCUUCAAGAAGGAGAAGGAGAUGAAGAAAGGUAUUGCCUUUCCUACCAGCAUUUCCGUAAAUAACUGUGUGUGUCACUUCUCCCCUUUGAAGAGUGACCAGGACUAUAUACUCAAGGAAGGCGACUUGGUAAAAAUUGACCUUGGGGUUCAUGUGGAUGGCUUCAUUGCCAACGUGGCUCACACUUUUGUAAUUGGUGUAGCUCAGGGGUCCCAGGUAACAGGUCGGAAAGCAGAUGUCAUUAAGGCUGCUCACUUAUGUGCCGAAGCUGCUUUACGACUGGUCAAACCUGGAAACCAGAACACACAAGUGACAGAAGCCUGGAACAAAGUCGCUCAUUCAUUUAACUGCACGCCAAUAGAAGGUAUGCUGUCACACCAGUUGAAGCAGCAUGUGAUUGAUGGAGAGAAAACCAUUAUCCAGAAUCCUACAGACCAGCAGAAGAAGGACCACGAAAAGGCAGAAUUUGAAGUGCAUGAGGUUUAUGCUGUGGAUGUCCUCGUCAGCUCAGGAGAAGGCAAGGCCAAAGAUGCAGGACAGAGAACCACCAUUUACAAGCGAGACCCCUCUAAACAAUAUGGCCUGAAAAUGAAAACUUCACGUGCCUUUUUCAGUGAGGUGGAAAGGCGUUUUGAUGCUAUGCCCUUUACUUUAAGAGCAUUUGAGGAUGAGAAGAAGGCUCGAAUGGGUGUGGUGGAGUGCGCCAAGCAUGAGUUACUACAGCCAUUCAACGUUCUCUAUGAGAAGGAGGGUGAGUUUGUUGCCCAGUUUAAAUUUACAGUUCUACUCAUGCCCAAUGGCCCCAUGCGGAUAACCAGUGGUCCCUUUGAGCCCGACCUGUACAAGUCUGAGAUGGAGGUUCAGGAUGCAGAGCUGAAGGCUCUUCUCCAGAGCUCUGCAAGUCGAAAAACCCAGAAAAAGAAGAAAAAGAAGGCCUCCAAGACUGCAGAGAACGCCACCAGUGGAGAGACAUUAGAGGAGAAUGGAGCUGGGGACUGAGGUGGGUCCCCUCCCCAGCUUGUCACUCCUGCCUCACCCCCUCCCACCGCACCCCAGGCUCUGUCAAGUGCAGUUCGUCUUCUCCACCCAAGACUACCAGCAGAGCGGGGUUCUGCCCUCAUCCCGGUCCCCCACCCACCCGCCCACUCCUUUCAACAAAAAAACCAGCUCCGACUGACUCUGGUGUUGGGAGGCCAGGCUUCCCAACCACCGAAGACUACUUUUAGUAGAAAAAGAAAUUGAAUAAUAAAAUCAGGAGUCAAAAUCCA